AUGAAGUUUGGAAAAGGUUGGCGUUUAGGAAGCAUGGGUGAUAUGCAUAUAUUGCCCGGGUCUCGGCACCGUCCUCCCAUGAAGAGGCCAAUGUGGAUUAUUGUAUUGGUUUUACUUGUAUGUGUUUUUCUAAUCUGUGCUUAUAUGUAUCCGCCGCAAAGUAGAUCCGCCUGUUACAUUUUCUCUUCCAAAGGGUGUAAACGUUUGGCGGGUUGGCUUCCGCCUGUUCCUGCAAGAGAAUACACUGAUGACGAGAUUGCGUCGCGUGUUGUGAUUAAGGAUAUUUUGAGCUCGCCGUCGGUUGUUUCAAAAAAAUCGAAGAUUGCUUUUAUGUUUUUGUCGCCUGGAUCUUUGCCACUUGAAAGAUUGUGGCACAGCUUUUUCCAAGGUCAUGAAGGGAAGUUCUCUGUUUACGUGCACGCGUCCAAGCAUAAACCAUUUCAUGUAAGCCGUUAUUUUGUCAAUCGAGAUAUACGCAGUGACCAGGUGAUUUGGGGAAAAAUUUCAAUGGUUGAUGCAGAGAGACGGAUAUUGGCAAGUGCCCUUCAAGAUCCUGAUAACCAGCACUUUGUUUUACUUUCUGACAGCUGUGUGCCUCUAUAUCAUUUUGACUAUAUUUACACCUAUCUGAUGUAUACGAAUAUCAGCCAUGUAGACUGCUUUAAGGAUCCUGGUCCUCAUGGGAAUGGGAGGUACUCUGAGCGCAUGUUACCUGAAGUUGAGGUGAAAGACUUCAGAAAGGGUGCACAGUGGUUUUCUAUGAAGCGGCAGCAUGCUGUUAUAGUUAUGGCUGAUCACCUGUAUUACUCAAAAUUUCGGGCUUACUGCCAGCCGGGUUUCGAGGGGCGGAAUUGCAUUGCUGAUGAACACUACUUGCCAACCUUCUUCCAGAUUGUUGAUCCUGGUGGAAUUGCAAAUUGGUCACUAACCCAUGUUGACUGGUCUGAGAGAAAAUGGCACCCAAAAUCAUACAGGGCUGAGGAUGUUACUUAUCAGCUUUUGAAGAAUAUCACGUCUGUUGAUGUUAGUGUACACGUCACCAGUGAUGAGAAGAAAGAAGUGCAAAGUUGGCCUUGCUUGUGGAAUGGGAUGCAGAAGCCAUGUUACCUGUUUGCUAGAAAAUUCACUCCUGAAACACUGGACACGUUGUUGCAUAUAUUUUCUAAUUAUUCAGCACCCUGA